AUGUCUCGCACUCGUCGGCUUAACCUCGUCAGUGUCAAGUCCGCCAAAGCGCUUGGACUCAAGGUUCACGGAUCAACGGCGAACAUGCCGGAUUGGGAUUCUUUGUGUCAUCCUUGGGCGCCUUUGACAAAGGAUUUGAAGAAAUACAAUUAUCUUCGGUGGCUUCAGGCUGCACCAAUGCAAUCACUGGACGGUGAUCCAGUUAUACUACCGAGACAGCCACACGCACCAAAUGAUAACUAUUGCGGUGUGGCCUCCAUCCCAUUUCCGUCAAUAGGUCGCGAUGGCCAGCAUGAUAGCGGUUUGUGGUGUCGUGGCUGCGAAUGGGCUUGCGAAAAUUUGCUCGGCAAAGAUGAGCAAGAAAUUGGAGCCGCUUUAAGCUACAGCAUUCCCCCAGACUGUUACGUGGAAGACGUGGAAGACGUGGAAGACGUUCUACUUUCCCUGGCGCUCCGUGCGAGGUCAAAGAUAGACUUUGCCAGCCAUAUUCAGAACUGCUACGGCGUGAAGAAGCUGGCUGAUGAUGUCGAUGGAAGGGGCAUAUACUGCGUACAAGCCGGCAACAGAGUCCACUACCUGACCAUUCCUACAACUGUUUUUGAUGAUGACACAAUGGGCAAGCCAUUCCUUCUAAUACCUCAGCUUCCCGAUUUCCCUGACACAAAUUGGACCAGAAUGACAAUUCCCCGGAAAGAAAACGGAACGUUGGCGCAUACCAUCUCCUUUAAAACUCUUCCAGAGCUCAAAUUUACCUUUCACGAAAAUCUAGUCGACUGCCUCUCAUAUCGAAAGAUAAGGCGGCUUCGUCCCGGCGUCGUCGAGGUUCACUAUCGCGGCCGGCCCGCUAUGGCGAAGUACUCCUGCUUUGAUUGGGACUUCUACCGAAUACAACGCGAGAACUGGGCCUACGAUAUUCUUCACAAUGACCAUGACAAGGGCCAAGUAUACGUGGCUCCAAGAGUCUUAGGUCGACAGAAAACGGACGUCCGAUCGGACUGUUACUAG